UUUAAAUGAAUAUUUUCUUCGUCUUUAUUUUAUUGAUAAAAAGUAAAUAACAAAGAAUCAAAUAUGACGACAAUUGAGGAAACCAUUUUAAUGAAUAAAAUUGAUUCUUGUAUUAAUGAAUUAUUUAGUAAAACUUUUUUAUUAGCUGAGAAAGAAAAUUAUUCUUUACCUAGUCCGGAUAGAAUGUUUAAAGAAAGUCCAUGGUACAUCAAAGAAUUACAAACCUUUAAGGAACAGUUGAAUGAAGUGAAAAAUCGUUUAAAUGGUUUUCCUUUGGGUAUGUGGCACAAACAUACGAAUAACAGAAAUAAGGCAGGACAAGUUUUGUAUCACGUAAAGAAAAAUAUUGAACCAGAAUUACUUACUCAAGCAUGGUGCAAAUUUUAUGAAAUAUUAAGCUCUUUACACUUUGUACCAAAAAGUGCAAUUCAAAAGAAUAAUAAUAGUUUUACUUCGGUACAUUUAUGUGAAGCACCUGGAGCUUUCGUCACAUCUUUGAACCAUUGGUUGAAGACAAAUACUAAUUUCAAUUGGAAUUGGUUAGCUACUACUUUAAAUCCAUAUUACGAAGGAAAUUCUUCAUCUAGUACAGUUAUUGAUGAUCGUUUUAUUAUAAAUACAUUAAAUCAUUGGUAUUUCUAUGAAGACAACACUGGAAAUCUAAUGGAUUUGAAGAAUUUAAAUUUCUUUGUAAACCAAGCUAAAAUUAAUGACAACAUAUUAUUAAUCACCGCUGAUGGAAGUAUUAAUUGUAUGGAUGUACCAGCCGAACAAGAAGCAACUGUAUCUAAAUUACAGUAUUGUGAAAUAGUCGCCGCAUUACAUUUAUUAAAUAAAGGAGGAAGUUUUUUAAUUAAAAUAUUUACUAUUUUUGAGUACACUUCGGUAUGCUCACUUUAUUUAUUAGCUUGUUGUUUUAAUACAUUGUAUAUAACCAAACCAGCUACAAGCAAAGAAGGAAAUUCGGAAACUUAUGUCGUGUGCAUAGAUUUUAAAGGACCAGAGUAUAUAGCACCUUAUUUAUCAACAUUAAAGAAGUAUUAUGAAACUGUUGCUAAUACAGCUAUGUUUUGUAAAGAAGAUAUUCCUUCGAAUUUUAUAGAAAAAAUAAUCAAAUGUAGUCAAUUUUUCAAAGAGCAUCAAGUACGUGCUAUAACAGACAACAUAACAUCUUUUAUAUCUGACGAAGAAGUUGACAACAUAUGCGACAUCAAAGUUAUACAAGAACUUGUUGCUAAGAAAUAUUUGAAGCAUUGUAACUUACAACCUCUACCAAUUGACUGUAAAAUCAUGAAGAAAAAUAAGUUAUAUAAUCUUAUUUUUAAUCUUGCUAAAGUACAAUCAAACGAAUCAUAUGAUAUGCGUUGUGAAAAAGCAAACAGAUCACCAGUGCAACGUUUAAUCGAAUAUCGAAAUGAAAUAAAUGAGAUUUACAGUAGAGUAUUGAUGAGCGAACCAUAUGAAUUUCAGUUUACCAAUCAACAUAUAGCUUUAGAAUUCUGCACAGGGAAACCAUUCUGUAGAGUAUUUAAUUCGAAAUUUUACAAUAUAAGAAUUCUAAAUAUGCAAAACGAAAUAGAAAAUAUUUUAGAUGAAUUGCAGUUAAAAAAUUAUUCUUUUCCUUCAGAUGAAGAUACAGUGAAUUUAUUACAAGAAUUACAUAUAACUUCAAAUUAUUUAACAUUGUGUUUACAAUACACAAAUCUUAAUUAUAAUUCAACACUUAUUUUUCAAAUUUAUGAACUAUUAUAUACUCUUGUAAUUCAUGAAAAUCUUGUAUUAAUUGGUUAUUCUUUAUUAACACGUUUAAAUAUUAGUCUACUUUAUCUUUUAAAUUACACGUUUGAAUCUAUGGAAUUGAUACCUCACGAAAAAGUAGGUUGUUUAAUAAUCUUGAAAAAUUAUAAAAAUAAUCCAAACAUAUUUAAAAUGUGGGAGAAAAUUGUUCAAAUUAACAAGAAAUUACAAACAGAAGGAAAAACUGUUUUGUCUUUAAUUCCAAUAUCGCAUCUAUGUGAUUGGGAAGCAUAUAACAAGAUUGUUGAGUGCAAUCACUGGAUUUUUAAAACAUAUUUUAAUUAUAUCAUAAAUAAUGCGUUGGACAUUAUUACUGUAUGUUAGAUUCAUUUUAAUCUGACAAAAAUCUUAUAAGAAAAACUCCUAUAAAACAUAUAAUAAAAAUAAUAUGUACUUACGAAAGAGAUGACUUUUACUGUAUAUAGAAAUUGUAUAUGUAUAUAU